AUGGAAUCGUAUAAAGGCUUAUUAGAUCAUGUUAAUAGCAUCGGUCGAGAUAAUAACGCCCGUGUUGGUAAUAUAUUUAUUCUUCUUUCUACAUUUGUAGGUGGUCCCCGUUUUAUGUCAAAAUUAUAUCAGAACAAUAUGGCGAUGGUUUGGAAAUUUGGCCGUCCUGAUUUAUUAAUUACUUUUAUAUGUAAUCCUAAAUGGGAAGAAAUAAAAUCCCAACUUAAACCUUUUCAGAAUUCAUCUGAUAGACCAGAUUUAAUAACUGGAGUAUUUCGUUUAAAAUUAAGAGUAUUUUUAAAUGACAUAGUUCAAAGAAAAAUUUUCGGAGAAAUUUUGGCAUACAUAUACGUUGUAGAGCAUCAAAAAUGCGGUCUUUCUCAUAGCCAUUGUUUAUUUACACUCUCCAACGAAGAUAAAAUUAAAACAGCAGACAACGUUGAUAAUAUUAUCUCUGCUGAGUUACCGGAUCGAUAUGUACAAUCCGAGUUGUAUAGCGUAAUUUUACGGCAAAAUAUUCAUGGACCAUGUGGUCGAUUAAACCCUAAAUCAAUUUGUAUGGUUGAAGGAUCUUGCUCCAAAAAUUUUCCCAAAGCCUUCUGCAAUGAAACUGAUGUAUCUACAGAUGGAUAUCCAAUAUAUAGACGCCGAAAUAAUUCAAAUGAAACUCAUUUUAAACGUAAUAAUAUUCAAGUAGAUAAUCGUUUUGUUGUACCAUAUAAUUCAUUGUUAAGUCUUAAAUAUAAUGCUCAUAUUAAUGUUGAACUAUGUUCAACUGGUAAAGCUUCCAAAUACAUUAACAAAUAUAUUACAAAGGGUUACGAUUGUGCUCGAAUCGGCGUCCAAGUAAAUUCAAACAACAAUGUAGAAAAAAUUGUUGAUUAUGAUGAAAUCAAACAAUAUUUAAAUUGUCGCUAUAUUAGUUCUCAAGAAGCAGCUUGGCAUCUUCAAAAUUUUCCUAUUCACUGUCAAUCUCAAAAUGUCGUCAUGUUGUCUAUUCAUUUGAAAGAUGGCCAAUCCAUCUUUUUCGAAGAGAAUCAAGCUAAAACUGCUUUCCGACAAGAGUCAGCCGCAUGCACAACUUUAACUGCCUAUUUGGAUUUAAAUGUUUCAGAUUCGAGUGCUCAGUAA